AUGCUUGUUGACGAGCACUCUAUUCCUGUGGAUGAGGAUGUUGGUCAUGUCAUUGUAGCCCUCAUUAAUGGAAACAGUGGUGAGCGUAAAGCAGCAAGCUUCGUUCGGAAGCAGCUGAUCGCCCACAUUGGCGAUGAUAAGGUCUUUCACCUCUUCCCCGUGAAGAGGCCUGCGGUAGAAGACGCGAAGGCAUUUAUCAUGCGUCAUAAGCCUGCAGUUGUGAUUGUGGCGGGGGGAGACGGCACCGUCUCGCUGGUGUUGGAUAUACUUGAUGGACUGCGUGACGUGGGUGCGAUCCCAUGCGCUUCCGCAGCUGUUGCUGUCCUGCCGAUGGGCACGGGGAACGAUCUGAGUCGCACUCUUGGCUUUGGCGGUGGCUACGUGAAGCCAUUACGAGAACCUGAUGCGAAGUUUCAGAGGCUGCUAGAUCGAAUCAAGCGUGCGAAAAAAUUAAAGAUGGACCGUUGGAAGCUCGUCGUUCAGAAAUACCCAGUCAGUUUGUCGAAUGGCUGGAAUGAUGACUUUUCGAAAAAAAGUAUUGGGGACGCCGAUGCGCCAAGUCACACAAUGAUGAAUUACUUCUCCAUUGGCUUUGAUGCGUCCAUUAUCAGUCAGUUCAGCGCGUUCCGUGAUGAGCACCCGACUUUGUGCUCGCAGCGCGCCGUCAAUAAGUUUUGGUACGGGUGUUUCGGCUGUGGAUCGAUGUGCACCGCCGACACUCUGCCGAGGGGAAAGAUGCGGCUCCAGGUGGACGGCAUGGACGUUGAGAUUCCCCCAGAUGCUAAGGCGCUUGUCGUCACCAACGUGACCUCAUACGCCGGUGGGGCUGUACUCUGGGAAGACAGCAGGGGCGUAUUCGCCAAGCCCAGCGUUGGGGACGGAAUGCUGGAAGUCUGCGUUUUGUACGGCGCGUUGCACAUUGCAGGUGUGCACGCGGGCAUUCGGAAAGCAAUGAAGGUUGCGCAGGGGAGACAGUUGCGUAUUAUGGCGCCGGCGGGCUUCGCAAUGCAGUACGACGGGGAGCCGAUGAAUCGAAUUGCCAGUAUCAGUGAGAUGAUUGAUGUGCGUAUCACAUUCCAGGCGACCACAUUGGUCAUGGUGAACGAGGACAAGGUUAAACACAGUGGCGUGACGCAGAGUUGA